GCGACUGCUAUCGCAACCGCCGCGAUCGUUUUCCGUCGCCUGCAAUUACAGAAUGGGAGACUGGUUUUGUAUAUGUGGCGGAGAGCAAUGACUGAGGAGUUCGAUGAAGAUGUGGUAUUUGAGAACUCUCCUCUUUUCCACUACCUGCACGAUCUAGGGCACACAGACUUCGAGGCAUGUCCAACAGUGUCUCAAGAGGAAUGUGGAGGAGAGGGAGACCGAACAUCUCCCCUGGAAGCCCCCCAGAUACCCUCAGGAGGACCCUUAUGGAGACUGGCUGAGGCUUUAUCGCGGUGGAGCCCGAUUCAUCUGGCUGCCCCUGGUCAUAAGCUUGAGGAGCAACUGGACUGUGUGUUUGGCCAGUAUUCGGUGAGAUGCAUUCUGGACCAGGAUGUGCUGCUGCAGGAGGAUGUGGAGCUUAUCGAGUUGUUGGAUCCCAGCCUGCUCACCCAAGGCUCCUCGCCCUCCGGCACCCCCAGCCGUGCUAACACGCUGCCCAGGCCAACGCUUCUUGCCAGCCCCUCGCUAUGGGACGUGGCUGGACUGGUAGGCCUGGCUGCAGUGCUGCUGGGCCUGUGCUCCGUCUCGGAGGGACUGUGGUCCCUGACUGCGGCCCCAUGGGGUCUCGCCAUGAUGAGCUGGGUGGGCCUGAGGGGGCAAGGACUGUGGAGACAGGGCCGCAUGCAGAAGGCUGUCCACACCAGGGUCACAGAGCUCCAGACACUGGUCCAGAACAGCAAGGCUCUGACGGGCCUGUCACGCAAAGCCCUUCGCCUGGUGCAGGAGACCGAGGUCAUAUCCAGAGGGUUCACCCUGGUGAGUGGCACCAGCUCCUUUAGCAGGGCGGGGACGGGGGCGGUGCCACGAGGCCAGCAGCUGAUUGGACUGAGGAAGGCGCUGUACCGGGCUCUCCGCUCAGCCUUCAGAGCCUCGCGUAGGGCCACCUGUCACAUGCUCAAGGCGUUCCCUCUAAACUCUGAGAUUGACAACGUAACCAACUACGUGUCGGCGGUCCCUCUGAAGGAGCUGGGCCUGGGCCUCGGGGUGGAGCAUUUGGGUGAUGAACAGGCACAAGAGCUAACAGAUGACUACAGUUUACCUGCCCUGAAAGUGCUAUUCCAGCUGUGGGUGGGACAAAGCUCCGAAUGUUUCCGUCGACUGGCUCUGCUGCUGUCACCUCGGCGCCUGGAGGAGCCAGCUGAAGGUGUGACUAAAGGCAGCGACAUUGCUCCACCACCCCCGCUGCACCGGUCCAUCGCCACAGUGACAGAGCCUCUCCAUCACGCCCUUUCCGGCUGCCUCAGCGAUGUGCAGCGCAGCUACGACUUCCACCGCUACUUUGAGACUCAGGCCCGCGUGCGGGGCUCCGACAGGGCGGGCCGUGCACGGGAGAAAUGCUGGGAGCUCAACACCCUGCACACUUCCAUCCGUAGCCUGCAGCUGCACCUCAAGGCCUUGCUCAGCGAGAUGAUCAUCCUUGAGGAUGACCUGGAGAAGCUGAUGGUGGCAAAGGAGCCAGUGGAGUUGACGUGCGAGGGCUACCAGGAGCUCAGCCACCGACUGCACCACCUCAAGCCCCAUAUGCAGGCCAGCACCAGCUGCUGGGACGACACCAUCACCCAGGUGGAACGCAUGCUGAAGCGGGCCAGCACCUGCGCAGGUAACACUGAGGGCUCGGAACAUUGUGCCCCUGCCCCACCCCGAAUGCCCCCGCCUCCCCCUCCCCCAUCCUACCCACUGAUCCUGGACAAAGAUCUUGUGCCAGAAGAACUGGAGUGGGAGGCGUGUGUGUCUGACUUGGACUCGGAGGAUGAAAGGGGGGGGUCCUGGUGUGACAUGCUGUCGCCAGCGGAGCGGGAACGCCAGCGGCGAGAGAGGGAGGAGUCUCGUCGCGUCCUGUUGGAGCUGAAAGCUGUGCUGGGAUUCCGCACGUCGGAGGGAGAGAGGAUGAAGUGGAAAAGGCUGCUCUUUAAUGACCAAGCUGCUGUGAUGCCUUCACAUCUUAAUGAGAGUUUAGAUCCUCAGUCUGCCUCCAAGCCAGCAGACACUAUGGCGUGUGAGGGCAGGACAGAGGCAGGUGAUGGAGAAGGAAACCAUUUAAUGGAGCCCAGCAAGGGAGAUGAGAGGAAAGAGGAGGGAGGAAGGGCAAGGACUGACCCCUCUCCAACAGUGACUGUGACUGAGAGCGAGGAGGAGCCAGUGACCGAGUUCAGCUGCGAUCUGGGGGAGGCGGCGGCGGAGGAGCAGAGGAGUGGGGCAAGGGGGGCCUCGCUUACGGACUGCACUGGAAGAUCUGAGCUGUAUGAGUAUGAUUGCCUUCUGGAGGACGAGGCAGGGCAGAAUGGCUUGGACUGUGUCAUGAAGUUCCCAGUCCCCGCUGUCUCCGUGAUGGACAGACUGACGGAGAUCCACGGCUCAGAAGUUCUCCGCUUCAGCUCCGCUCUGGCCGCCCAGGUGGCAGUGCAUAACUUUGUCAGCAUGGAAGAGCAGACGUUCGGGGAUGACGGAGAUGAUGGGGAUGAUGAGGAGGAUGAAGAAGAGAUUGGCAGACAAACACCGGAGGAGGACUAGAAGCAAAGAACCCCACUGCUUUAAACAAGCGCUUUGGAGAGCUUCACAGUCAGCAUAUUAGGGGUCCCCGUAUUUAUGUCUGCUUGUCUGGGGUCUUUAUUUUUGGAUCUGUGUUACAUCUUCUCAACUGUUUGGUGUGAAGGCACAAUUCUAAUUGUGCCUCUCUCCAUUGCCAAUCCGUCCUUGUCCUACAUUACCCACAAUUCUUAUUGCUCCUUUUGCUGUUCCUACUCAGGUACCAGAUCCACUAUACAAAACAUGACCUCACAGUGUCAAGGUUCACAAGAUUGGAAUGACUAGAGUUUACUCAGUUCAUAGACCACAUAGCAGUAUGUUGUUCAUACUCAUUAAGCAGCUGUGGAAAAAGUUUGAUUGUAAGCAACCGUGUUUUCCAAGUGAUUGACUCUCACUUGUAUGAAAUGUCUAAUAACUGGAACAUAUUACACCUGUCUUGUACAUACGCGUAAGUCAUUUUGGCCACACAACUCCAGGAGCAUUCAUAUUGUUUACCAAGUCUCGUAAUGGAGGAAAGAAGAUAAAUGACUGGGUGUUUACAUGUUUUAGUUACGUUAUAUCACCAGAGUGAAAUUAUCAGGUGUGGCAAGGAAUCGCUGAAGCACGGGCCUGAAUGCAACACAGUUAAACUCCGCCUUAAUUUUUAUCGGUUUACACACACAGACACACACACAAAGGGUGAGGGAGUGCAUUACAAGAGGAGGAAAUGGAACACUAUUUUUAUCAUCGCCACUUUAUUUUUGUCUGGUCAUCUCUGUGCGUUGUCGCAAUGCUCAGUUUGGCCUAGAACAGAUAGACUGGGUAGGAUGACAGUGAUGCAGACAUUUAUCUAUCAGUAACACGAGUGGUUUUGGAAUGAACGAUAUGGAAUGAGCUUUAUCCGAAUACUACUGUUUCUAUGAACAGUCGAUGUAGGCCUCAUCCCUCCUCUGUCCUGUCAGUAGCUGCGUUUACAGGGGAACAGAGUGGAAAGGUCAGAAAGCCCCGUUCCAAAUUAACACUUGAUGUUGCAUUGUCAGAAGGAAUCAAUGAACAGCACUUAUAAGAGUUAGAAUCAAAUGCCUUACCUGAAUGGGUAUAGUAGAAAAGAAGAUAAUGGUAAAUCAUAAUUUGCUUUGAUAAGGGGGGUGAUGUAAUUUUUUUGUAAAAGGUAAGAUUAUGCUGCUCUAUGAAUCCUGAUGUAUACCUUCACCCCAAGCACUGUUUUACUGUCUGGUCCCCCCCCCCCGCACCUCCAUAAGAGAGGUCAACCUUCCUGCAUUUCAUAUAUGAGAUGAAUUAAAUGCCAU